AUGUCGGGCAGCUACCUUUACUUGGUUUCUUUAGCUCAACAAGUGGGAAAAGUUGCGUUUGUGACAAGUUCACUUUUCGGAAUACUAGUGAUUUUUCUAACUUUGUUUGGAGUACGAAAAAUAUUUGGAACUUACAAAUAUUUGAUGGUUGUCUUCUCGGCACUUGGAGUCUUUUUGGCAUGUCUUGAGGCCGUUUUCCAUCCGAACCUUCAUUUUUACAAUAAUGGUUUUGCUUAUUUUUCCUUGAAAGCUCCUUUUGGCUUGAGCCAUGGAUUCAUGAUGGUUAUUCUGCCAGUGUACGCUGGAGUAUAUUCGUUGACAAUAUCUAUGUUAGCCGUGCAGUUUGUCUACCGCUAUUGUGCAUUGUUUAGUCUGAGCUACCUAUCUUACUUCCGCGGCUGGAAACAUGUAUACUGGAUUGCCUAUCUCUUUUUCUUCGGUUUGAUUUGGUGGAUCGGCGCCUACUACCUUCUGAACAUGGAUGAUAUAUCUGCCAACUAUUUUAAAGACGAAAUGAUCCUUCACUAUGAGGUUCUUCCAACAGAAAUCCCAAUGAUGACAUUUCUAGCUUUCGACCCAAACGAUGGAUCUCUACGCUGGUGGGAUGUUCUCUACACCGUUCAUAUAUCUUCCAUCAUGGGCAUCCAGUACAUUACUAUGAUUUACUGCGGAUGGAACACGCACUCCAAAAUGGAACAGAAAAUUGCAGGACUAUCCGUUGCUUUGAAACGACAUCAUCGACAAUUGUUAAAAUCUUUAAUAACCUGCCCUACAAUUUUCCUCUUCUCUCCGCUAGUUUUCAUUAUCUAUAUACCGUACUUUGAACUUGAGCUGAGCUUUCCUGCUGGUGCUGCUUACACUGCGUUCAACGUCUAUCCUGCUAUGGAUUCCAUCAUAGUACUGAUGGUAAUCACAGAAUACAGGGCAGCUGUGAAAAGACUGUGGAAAACUGUUCUUCUCAAAAUAUCGAUCUGUGCCAGAAACGAAACAAGUUACAGUAGUAACCAGACUCAAGAAGUUCAAUUGGCAACUAUGUGA